UUAGGUUUAUUAGGGUCAGCAACCCCAAAAAAUUAAAGUCAAUUUCAUUAAAAAAGUAAAAACCUAGAAAGAUCAACAAAAUAUACCCAUUCAAGGAGAUUUUCUGCAAAAACAUCUUAAUCAGCAAGUAAAUUUGCGAAACUGAGUUCGGCCCAGAUGACGAACCAGGCGUCGCCCGUAGAAGAGCAGGAGAAGCUUCUAGAUGAAGCACUAAACAUUGUAAAAGUCCAGGCAUUUCAAAUGAAAAGAUGCCUGGACAAAUCCAAACUGAUGGAUGCCUUGAAGCAUGCUUCAACUAUGCUCGGGGAACUUAGAACUUCGCUCUUGUCACCCAAGAGCUACUAUGAGCUUUACAUGGCAAUCACAGAUGAGCUGCGUCACUUAGAACUGUACCUACUAGAAGAGUUCCAGAAGGGCCGCAAAGUGGCCGACUUGUAUGAGCUGGUGCAAUAUGCUGGUAACAUUGUGCCGAGGCUGUACCUACUCAUCACUGUUGGAUUAGUGUACAUCAAGACUAAUUCUAUCUUGCGGAGGGAUUUGUUGAAGGAUUUAGUAGAGAUGUGCAGGGGAGUGCAGCAUCCGCUGCGUGGUUUGUUUCUGAGGAACUACCUGCUGCAGUGCACCAGGAAUGUACUGCCCGAUACUACUGAGGCACAGAACGAAAAUGAAGGCACUGUUCGUGAUGCAAUAGACUUUGUUCUGAUGAACUUUGCUGAGAUGAAUAAACUGUGGGUCAGGAUGCAGCAUCAAGGUCAUUCAAGAGACAAAGAGCGCCGUGAACGUGAGAGGUCGGAACUUCGCAUCCUGGUGGGCACCAACCUGGUGCGGCUGUCGCAGCUGGAGUCGGUGGGCGAGCAGGACUACCGACGCCUGGUGCUGCCGGGGAUACUGGAGCAGGUGGUCAGCUGCAGGGACGCCAUCGCCCAGGAGUAUCUCAUGGAGUGUAUUAUACAGGUAUUUCCUGAUGAGUUCCACCUGGCGAAUCUGCAGCCGUUCCUGAAGUCCUGUGCGGAGUUGCAGCCGGGUGUAAACAUCAAGAACAUCAUAAUAGCCUUGAUUGAGCGGCUCGCAGCGUACAGUCAGAGAAACGAAGGCAAUGUUAAUCUCAGUGUGGUAUUGGAAGACGGCAAAGAGCAGGAGGUGCAGUUAUUUGAAGUGUUCUCCGACCAGGUGGCUGCUAUCACGCAAACUCGCACAGACAUGCCCCCGGAGGACAUGUUGGCGCUACAGUUGGCGCUGCUGAAGCUGGCGCAGCGCUGCCACCCUGACAAGCUGACCUACGUGGACAGGGUCCUCGCCCACACUGACAGGAUCUGUGCCGAUAUACAUCAGAGCAGCGGCAAACCCCACUUGGAGCACAACACACCGGUGUUCAAAGAGCUGAUGAAGAUCCUCAAGUUGCCCGCAGACCACUACAAGAACAUCCUCACGCUGAUCAAGCUGCAGAACUACGCGCCGCUCAUCAGCCGCCUCGACCAGCCCGGGCGGAUGAUGAUAGCCGUGCACUUGGUCAACGACAUCUUGGACAGCGACACUACGGUGUCCACACCCGAGGAUGUGGAAGCUGUACUCUCAAUGUUGGACGUGUUAGUCCGCGAGCAACCUACCAACGACCCGUUCUACACGGAGCCUGACGCUGAAGAGUUCAUGGAAGAACAGGGCUUGCUGGCACGGCUCAUCCACCACUUCAAGUCGGAGUCUGCCGAUCAGCAGUACCUGAUCCUGAGCGCGGCGCGCAAGGCGCUGCAGGGCGGCGGCGCGCGGCGCAUCCAGCACACGUUCCCGCCCAUCGUGUUCCACGCGUACCGGCUCGCCUUCACCUACAAGGAGCUCCGGGAGCAGGACGAGAUGUGGGAGAAGAAAUGCCAGAAGAUCUUCCAAUUUUGCCACCAGACCAUCACAAUGUUGGUGAAAGCUGAACUGGCAGAGCUGCCUUUGAGGUUGUACCUGCAAGGCGCACUCGCUAUCAGCGACAUCGGCUUCGCGAACCACGAAACAAUUGCCUACGAGUACCUGUCGCAGGCGUUCUCUCUGUACGAGGACGAGAUCUCCGACAGCAAGGCACAGCUGGCCGCCAUCACCCUCAUCAUCGCCACCUUCGAACAGAUCAACUGCUUCGGUGCGGAGAACGCCGAGCCGAUGCGUACGCAGUGCGCGCUGGCGGCGAGCAAGCUGCUGAAGAAGCCCGACCAGAGCCGCGCCGUCGCGCUGUGCGCGCAUCUCUUCUGGAAAGGGGCUAAGGAUGGCAAGCAGUGGCCACUGAACGAGGCGUCCCGAGCGCUGGACUGUCUGAAGAAGGCGGCGCGAGUGGCGCAGCAGUGCAUGGACGGCGGCGUGCAGGCGCAGCUGCUGGCCGAGCUGCUGGGCCGGUACGCGCUGCUGCGGGAGCGCGGCAACCCGAGCCUCACCACCAACCUCAUUGAAGCGAUAAUACAAAAGAUACGUGAAGAGCUUGGCAACUUGGACCAGUCGGAAGAAGUGGAACAGAUCAACAAGCACUUCCACAACACGCUGCAGCAUCUCAAAAAUAGAAUGGAAUGUCCAGACCCUGAGGGUUUGGGUUAUGAAGGACUGGUAUUAUCAUAGGCGGAAUUUCCUAGAUGAUCUAACUCGUUCGUUCUAAUGUAUCCUCGUCGCCAUUAUAUUAUAUUGUAACUACCCGCAAAUUUACUAAAGGGGUUUUUCGGAUUCUGACGCCAAAUCCUAUUGAGUACAUUCAUUUUAUUCUGAAGCUAUAUUCUACUGAAUUCUCAGUAUUCAUUUAGAUUUUAAUAUUGUGAUACUUGCAAAAUUAAUAAAGGGGGAAUUCUCUGGGAUUCUAACAAAGUUCAAUAAUUAUAAUUGCAAUCAUAUUGAUGGAGUUAUUAAUGUUCUGUUGACUAAUGUAUAUUUCUUUUUUACUGUCAGUUAAAGUCGAAACCUUGUCAACACAAUUUUAAAUAUUUUAUAUUACUGUCAUGUUACUGUAAAAUCAAAAUAAUGCGGGCGUAUUUAUACGGUAUUUCAAUAAUGUAAUAAUUUAUAUUACAAGUCUUUAUGUAUAACUGAUCUGUUAUAUUAUAAUGUCCAGUUAUUAGCUUUAAGUUUAGUGUAUAGUGAAAUGUAGCUGUAUUAAAUUUUAUCACUUUGAAAAUAUAGUAAAUUGUUUAUAAAA